AUGCCUUUGCAGAAAGAAGAACUGAACUUCCUUAUGAUACCUCUAAUAGCACCAGGCCACAUUCUUCCUAUGGUUGAUAUGGCAAAAUUGUUGGCUCGGCAAGGUGUGACUGUAACUAUUAUUACCACAACGAUGAAUGCGCGGCGGAUCGAAGCCGUAAUUGAUCGUGCUGCUGCAUCAGGACUCCGCAUUCGACUACUUCAAGUUCCAUUCCCAUCAGAGGAGGUCGGAUUGCCUAAGGGGUGUGAAUGUGCUGAUGAUCUUCCAUCUUAUGAUUUAUUGGUGAAUAUCCGAACUGGAAUUCAGAUGCUACAACACCCAAUUGGAAAGAUGAUCGAAGAAUUAAACCCAAGUCCAAGCUGCAUUAUAGGUGACAAACAUUUCCCUUGGGUAGCAGAAGUGACACGAAAAUACAGGAUUCCCUGGAUUUCUUUUGACGGGAUGAGCUGUUUUACUCAAGUGUGUGCUAAUAAUUUGCGCAUCACUAAAGUUCAUGAGACCACUCCUGAGGGACAACCAUUUGUUAUACCUGAUUUGCCUGACAAGAUCGAGCUUACAAAAUCCCAGCUCCCCGGGUUCUUGAUUCAAGAUCCAAAUCCAAAAUUGAAUGCCAUUCGAGAACGAGUCAGAGCUGGCGAAAUGGAAGCAUAUGGAAUGGUUGUAAACAGUUGUGAGGAAUUGGAAGGAAAUUACGCGGAGGAGUUUCGGAAACUCAAGGGUGGAAAAGUCUGGUGCAUUGGACCAUUGUCUUUGAUCAAUGAUGACAACAUUGAUAAAGCUCAGAGAGGAAGCAAUGUGGUUUCAGGUGAUGAAGAGCAGAGGUUAAUGAAAUGGUUGGGCUCAUGGAAACCCGGGACUGUAGUAUACGCCUGUCUUGGAAGCCUGAGCCGGCUCACUCUUUCAGAAUUCAUAGAGCUGGCUUCAGGCCUGGAAGCUUCAAAUCAUCCAUUCAUACUGUUAUCAAGAAGCAAUGAACAACCGGCCAAAGGAGCAUAA